AUGACAGUUAAGAAAGGAAGUCGAUGUGGCGGCUACGCUUCAAUAGUGACCCGACAAAAGCUACAUAACAAUAGCCAAUUAGACAUUUCAUCUUUAAGCAAGCUACCAGCGCCACACUCUUACAAUGUUAUUGUCGGUUUUAACGAGAAAGACCAACUACAGCUCUCAACAAAAGAAGAAUCGAAUGAUGAUGACAAACAAAAGCUGAUAAAAGAUUACGACAAGACCGUUAAACACGAGAACAUCGCUAUAGACGAUAUCGCAAACUGUGUCAACAUUGACAACUAUUCAAAUUGUGAAAACACUCUAGUCUUUUAUAUUAUAAAAAGCACAAACAAAGAAGCGAUCGCUUUGCGAUUUGAAAACGAGCAGGAUUUCAAAAGAAUUUAUUUCACGUAUAAAUAUUUUAAAAUGCGUAAUAGACUAACAAGAAACACGACUACACACUCGAGUAGCGAUAAUUUAUUUUCAAAAAAGAAACCUGUAGAAUCUUAUACUAUUAAAACCAUUGAUGAUUAUAAUGUAUAUGAUAAAACUCGUUCAGAAUAUGAUUUGAUGCAUACAGUUGAUAACGAUGGCGUUACUCAUAUAUCUGUGCAACAAAAAAGUUUAAACUCGAGAUUCGACCAGCCGUUAAGUCUUAUUGGAUUAAGGCAUGACAGAGACGUCGGUGAAAUUGACAGCAUCAUUUACACCGAUAUAGAAGUAGCGAGUAAGCCGGAAAAAAAGAGAUUGUUCCAGAAAAAGACGAAAGCUCCUCCACCACCCAACAAAGAAACACCGAAAAUAUUAAAAGGAGAAUUCGUGAGAGUCAAUGUGGAGAGAUCGCCUGAUGUGAUACCAAAAGAAAGCAAACACAACAAGAUUCCUGAUAUACUGGUGUUCAAAGAUGGGAAAUCGAAAAAAAACAACAGUAAUCUGUGGUCGGUGAGCAAUAAAGUUAACAAUGGCUAUGAAUCGGACAGAGAAGAGUGGAGGAGCAGCCGAUCACAGUUCUCCACUACAGCCUUCGACAGUCUCGCUCGGCCCACCAAAAUGGCGAUGGCACUAACUCUCAAAAAACCUCAAAGGCUCGAACCGGUACCACAAUACUUUCGCCUGGCAAGCGAUUCAAAACCAAAACUUACACCUCUACCGUUUAGACCAAACAACUUCCUCCAAAGAACGCCAAGACUACCCCGUCCCAAUACGGAAAUCAAACAACGAAACUUCUCCACGGAUCAUAGAAAGUACGCCUCACUACAGUCCCUCGAAUUACCAAAAAAGCUCAGUGAACCAAAAAAGAGCGACAAAAAGACCAACUACACAAACAUUUCUCAUAGAAUCACUGGUCUAACAAAUAAGUUAAGAGAUUUGAGCAGUGGGAACACAAUCGGUAGGCUUAAAGCGCAAUCUCAUUCAGAUGUCGCAAAUUUGAAGCCAGUAUUGAAAAUUCAAGAUGGAAAACGAUCUGUAGUAAGGACGUGUAGUGCGGAACCACCAAAGAAACUUUCAUAUCCUAGUGGUGUCGUAGCUCAACUGGGCAACGAACUUGCUCCUACCAAUGUGAAGGACCAACCUAACGUCUCCUAUGAAGCUGAUCCAAACUCGUAUUACACUCUUAUUUUUACUGACCCUGACAACUACGACGGACCUGAGAAAGUGUACAGAGAAUGGCACCACUGGCUCGUCGUAAACAUUCCCGGAUCUGAUGUGUCCAAAGGCGAAGUACUUUCUCCUUACAUCGGCUCCGGACCUCCGGAUGGCACUGGCAUUCAUCGCUACGUAUACUUUUUGUAUAAACAACCUGGCAAGCUCAGCUUCGAUGAGAAGAAGCUGACUAACAAAUCAAUCGACGGUCGCGCAGCUUUUUCUACAGCAAAAUUUGCAGAAAAAUACAACCUAGGAAACCCUGUUGCUGGCAAUUUCUACCGCGCGCAAUUCGACGACUACGUACCUCUUCUAUACAAGAGCUUGGGAGUU